AUGGUGGCCAGGCUUGGCAACAUCUCUGCCCUCAAAGACUUCCUGGCCUUCCUGGCCACGGUCCGUGGGGAUAUCUCGCACAUUACCGCUCCACCAUUUAUUCUUGCUCCACAAUCACUCACGGAAUUCCCGAGUUAUUGGGCCGAACGACCAUCUUUAUUUACCGCCGCCGCUCAUGAAUCUUCGGCAGAGAAACGAAUUCUUGUCGUGUUGAAAUUGUAUCUUGCCUCUCUCCAGCGGCAGUAUUAUGUUGGUCGGAGUGUGAAGGAGGGGCUGAAGAAGCCCCUCAAUCCAUUCUUGGGAGAGUUGUUUUUCUGCGAAUACACCGAUCACGUCGUGACAGCCGAAAAAGCAUCGGCCUCCACGGUGAGGGUGAUUAGCGAACAGGUCUCUCAUCAUCCACCUACCACGGCAUGUUACCUGUCCGCCGACGAGCAUGGGGUUCACGCAGAAGCGUAUUCCACCCAACACACCACCUUAUCGGGAACGUCGGUCAUGAUCCGGCAAUCGGGCCACGCAUUAUUGACCGUGGACAAAUACAAUGAGACUUAUCUCCUCCCUCUUCCUGAUGUCUGGGCUCGCAGUGUUCUUUCAGGCGUUCCAUGGCCCGAAUUAGACGGCAAGUAUAAAAUUCUCAGCUCCAAUGGAUAUACGGCGGAGAUGCGAUUUACGGCCAAGAAGCUAUGGGGUGGGGUACGAAAUAUGUUUGAAGCUUCAAUUUACCGAACUGCCGACACUGACAAGAAUUCCCUCUAUUUCCUUUCUGGCAGUUGGAGUUCUAGUUUUUCCAUCUUUAAUUCCAAAGGUGACGAAACUGAAACGUUCGACCUUUCAGAACCCAAGAACCAACCUGUUCUCAUGUCGAUCAAGCCGUUGGAGGAACAGAGUCCUUGGGAGUCUCGACGCGCGUGGGGGGCCACGUUUGAGGCGAUAAGGAAAGCCGAUAAUGGAGCUGUAGUACACGAAAAGUCGAAGCUCGAAAAUGCCCAGCGGCAAAUGAGGAGGCAUGAGCAGAAAGAGGGGAAGAAAUGGGAGACCAUGUUCUUUACCCGACGCGACGGCGUCGAGAGGGAUGAUGAGGAUGUGGUUGAGAGAAUUUUUGAUCAACUUGAUACCACAGAGGUUGAACGGCUGCGUGGUACCCACGGCUGUUGGAGGUUUGAUAAGGAGAAGGAAGAGAGGUGGAAGAAUGGCCAAGGGGCUUGGAGACCGGAGUCGCCUUUUGGUUGA